AUGGCCUACCGACUCUCCACGCUCUGUCAGGCUUCUCGAUUCGCUUCUCCUACCCGCGCUCUGUUUCCCACCCACGCUCUUCGCCAGACACGAGCUUUCCACGUUCCCUCCGAAUCCCCCGAAAACUUCCCGCCGUCCCCAUGGGAGACAACCAAGUCUGCCGCUGCUGCCGCCCUGGGCCGCCCUAGCCACCAGCGCGUGCUUGGUCGCUUGCCGACCCUCUCCCUGCUGCGAAGCAUUAUGCUGCAGACAGUCAUGUCGCGCCCGCGCAUCAUGGACGUGACCUCGGAUUUGCUGCGCCGCAAUGUCCAGCUAUUGACUAGCAAUGCCGCCUUCAGGUGCUUACUCGACAACAUGUUCUAUGCCCAGUUUUGCGCUGGCCGGUCUGAAGCGGAAAUCAGGCGAACCGUGGAAGGGCUGAGGGAUAUGGGCUAUAAAGGAGUGAUUUUGGCAUAUGCACGAGAAGUAGAUUUGUCAAGCUCGCACUAUCAAAGUGGGACCGCCGAAUCUGACGCGCUGCACCAAGCCCAUGUCGCCCAGUGGCUUCAAGGAACCCUGAAAACGAUACAGUACGCGCAGAACGGUGAUUUUGUUGCGGUCAAGUACACUGGAGCUGGCAUCGGUUGUGUUCAUGCCCUAGAAACUGGACAAGAACCGGAUGAGUUCAUGGCUGAUGCGUUGGAGCAGAUUUGUGCCUCGGCCAAGAAACAAGACAUAAAGUUAUUGUUUGAUGCCGAGCAUCACACCCAGAAAAUGGGCAUCGACACUUGGACCCUUGAUCUGAUGCAGAGAUACAACUGUGACGGACAAACGGUGGUAUACAACACCUAUCAAAUGUACCUUAAGGAAUCCACAGCAACUCUCGAAUCACAUCUCCAUGCGGCUCGGCAAGGCAAAUUCAAUCUAGGCGUCAAAUUAGUUCGCGGCGCCUAUAUCAACAGUGAUCCUCGCCAUUUAAUUCACGAUACCAAAGAAGACACCGAUGCUGCCUAUGAUAAUGCUGCGCAUAUGCUUGCCACCCAGCAUAUUACGGAUCCUUCUGGACCCAAAAUUGGUCUAGUGCUAGCAAGUCACAACAAACAGAGCAUGAAACGCAUGCGCGAAAUGCGACAGGAGCAGCUUAGGCGAGGUUUACCAUUGGCCGAUGUUGUGUAUGCGCAGCUGAUGGGCAUGGCAGACGAGCUCUCCAUGAGCCUAACACAAAAACUACCUGAUCUUGAAGAGGAAGAUAACCGGGUAUUCAAGUAUGUUGUGUGGGGCACGACUGAGGAAUGCAUGAUGUAUCUUCUACGACGGGCGGAGGAAAACCGAGACGCUGUUGAACGAAGUUCAAUGAGCAAGCAAGCCUUAUGGGAGGAAUUGCGUGGAAGGUUGAUUCCUGCGGGAUUUUCUCGACGCAGCAAAGAGACCACCGUUUGA